AAAACAUUGAAGAAGCUUGUAUAACUAUCAUUGCAAUUAUUUAACAAAAAUGAAAGUGAACUAUGUGUUACUUUUCUAUACUAUUUUAAAUGUUUUGGCAAAUAAUGAUGGACCUUUCUAUCGAAUGGAGCUUGAAACUACAAACGUACUCAUUGGCAUACAUAUUAAAGCCAAGACCAUGUGGAACAUGAUAAAUUUUGUUGUUGGACAAGAUAACAUCUCAAUGAAGCAAUUGACUUUUAUGUUUGCAUUACCUGAACAAGAUUAUGAUCCAGACUCAACUACGCAGAUCGAAUCCGAGAUUAAACUGCAAAGAUGGUUACGCGAAGCUUCAGGCCUUGAGGCCGGUCAGAUUGCAGCUGAUGUUAGAUGUCAAACAAGUGUGAAUGAUCUUGGAGAAGCCAGAAGACUUAUGUUAAAAUCAGAUUUAAGAGAUUUACUAAUCCAUAUUCUAAAAAACCCGAGUACCCACAAUAUGCAUUUUGAACACACAUGUCGACUCAUAGGAUUGUUCUUGAGUAUGAAAAUUACAGCACCAAGUGCUUACACAACAAGUGCUGAUGUUUCACUACCGCCCGACUACACUUGUGUCAUACGUCAUGAAAGUGAUAUCUUGCAGUCAUUCAAACUAUUUCCCCGUUUUAUACGUUUUGUCAAUAACGAAAACCAUCGUACUGUAGGGGGGAGCAUAUUGGCAUUUAUACAACAUUAUUAGUAUAUUAGCACACUAAUUACAAUAAUUUGUAUUGGCUUAAUAUACAGGCCAUUUAGGUCCUUUUUCGAGACCACUACUCCUCUCCAUCCAUCCCAUCUGUCGACAUUGCUUCACCAUUAUUUAAUAUUAGUAAUUUUAAUUCCUUACUUUUUUCUUAAUACAGAAGGUGAAAAAUCCUUAGUUAUGGCUCUCCAUUACAAAUAUUUUAAUUAGUCCAUAAAAUAAUGUUAUUUCUAGAUAGGUAAAUAAGCAUUUCUCUACUAAAUAAUUUGAAAUAAUACUUCUUAAAAAA